ACUACUCAUUUAAGUAAGUAUCUUUAAAAGAUUGUUUUGUUGGAGUUUUUAGUUUUCAGAGAGAAACACAGAGAAUGGAAGCACGAAUGAUGAGACUUGUGUUUGUUUUAAUCAUCUUCUUCUCUUCAUCAAUCUUCAUUAACUGCUCAAAAAUAUCUACACCUUCAUUUCUUGAUGGUCUUGUCCCAAAUGGAGAUUUUGAGAAAUCCCCACACCCUAAACAUCUUAACAAGACACUGCUGAAAGGGAAACACUCCCUUCCAGAUUGGGAAAUCAAUGGUUUUGUAGAGUACAUAUCUGGUGGGUCUCAACCAGGUGGAUUUUUCUUUGCGGUGCCAAGAGGGGUCCAUGCAAUAAGACUUGGAAAUGAAGCUUCAAUCUCCCAAACAUUAGCACUUAAAUCUGGAUCUUACUAUUCUCUCACGUUUGGUGCUACUAGAACCUGUGCACAAGAUGAAGUCUUAAAGAUUUCAGUAGCUUCUCAAUCAGGGACCCUUCCACUUCAGACCCUGUACAGUAGUAAUGGUGGUGAUACUUAUGCUUGGGCGUUUAGAGCUAUUUCAAAUUUAACUAAGUUUACUUUCCACAACCCUGGAAUUCAAGAAGAUCCCUCUUGUGGCCCCCUUCUAGAUGCUGUUGCUAUCAAGCAGAUCAUACUAUCCAGGCCCACUAGAGGUAAUAUGGUUAAAAAUGGUGACUUCGAAAACGGACCUCAUGUUUUCGAAAACUUCUCAACAGGAGUUCUUAUUCCACCAAAACAGCAAGACUUAAUAUCUCCUCUCCCUGGUUGGAUCAUCGAAUCACUAAAAUCUGUCAAGUACAUUGAUGCUAAGCACUUUAAUGUCCCUACCGGGUCUGCCGCAGUUGAACUUGUUGCAGGAAGAGAAAGUGCAAUUGCUCAAGUUCUAAGAACAAUUGCGAACAAAUUCUAUACCUUAACGUUCACUAUCGGUGACGCCAAGAAUGGGUGUCAUGGGUCAAUGAUGGUUGAAGCUUUCGCUGCUAAAGAAACAUUCAAAGUUCCAUUUACAUCCAACGGAAAGGGAGAAUUCAAGACUUCAAGUUUUAAAUUUCAAGCCAUUUCAAACAGGACGAGGAUAACUUUCUAUAGCGCUUACUAUCACACCAAGUUAAAUGAUUGUGGUACUCUCUGUGGACCUGUGUUGGACCAAGUUAAGGUUUUAUCUGUUUCUUAAAAUCAGCAAGUAGUCUUUAACUGAAAAUCUCAUCACCAAGUAAGAGCUUAUAAUAUUGAGCUUGCUUAAGCAUAUAGAGUUGGUGAACUCUAAUUUGUACUUGUACUUCUAUUCCAAUUUCCAAAUAUCUAAAAUGUGAAGAAAAUGAUGUUCUGGUAA